GUGGUCCAGAGUCACAUAUCACAAUCUUUGUUUAAGAGUUUUAAGACUUUUGAGAACGUAUUUAAACAUCCAAAAGCCCAAGUACCCUGUUAAUAGGAAAUGGGCAACAGUGCCCUCAACAUCGAAAAUUUUGAUGCUAAAAGUUUGAGAAAAAUCUAAUGUAGGAUCAGAACAAUUGGAAACCAUGACUUACAUACUUUAUCUCGUUUUCUGUUAUGGCCUCAUCCUGACUUUAGAUGUGACCUUUUUCAUUUGCCUUGAAACCGGACGUACCACAAGGCAAGGACUUUCUCAUACAUGCAGUGUUUCAUACACAAACCCUCUCAACCAUGACCGUUGGAUUGAAAAAAAAAAAAAAGAAAAAAAAAAGAAAAAAAGAUGAACGUGUAUAGUUAUGUUUUAUUUGGUACAGCUGUUUCUAAUACCUUCAGCAACUUCUGGUGUGCUCCAUGAUCUAGAAACUCCUGGUUUUGUCAAAAAUGUGUGUCUGUUAAACAUUGCACAUACAUUUUGGUUUACCUCAAACUGCAUAAGAUUGGAAUGGGUGUGAUUAGGACCUGUAGUUGCACUGAGGUUAUCCAAAACUUUCCAUUUCAGGACCCCAUCAAAGGAAUUUUUGGUUGUGGGUCAUGGAUAAAUGCCUUACUCCUUCUCUCAGUUCAACAGGAAAUGUCUCCUUGACCUACAUGAUGACAUCACACUCUCACGUUUGCUAAAGGGACCCAUUCACUAGACGAGCACUUCCCAUACGAUCACUGCUGCCACUAACCAACUUUAUAGGAGCUGCUUUAGAAGCAUGAUUUUGCUGAAGUCAUAAGUGAAAUUACAAAGAUUCCCUAGAAGAAGAGCUUGGACGGCAUGCAAAGUUGUGAAAUAUCUUCAGACAGCACUGAUGAUCCUCUUAGUAGAGCCCUACACAGACAUCGACAACCGCGAAUAGUAGUGAUUGGCGCGGGCUUGGCCGGCCUUGCCGCCACCAAAACCCUCUUGGAGAACGGCUUCACCAAUGUCACGGUGCUAGAAGCCUCGGACCGUAUCGGAGGCAGAGUGCAAAGCAUUCAGCACGGUAAAACCACUUUGGAACUUGGAGCAACCUGGAUACAUGGGGCAAAUGGGAACCCCAUCUACCACCUGGCUGAGGAAAAUGGGCUGCUGGAGCACACCACAGAGGAGGAGAGGAGUGUGGGCCGCAUCAGCCUCUACGCCAAGAAUGGUGUGGCCCACUACCAGACCAACAACGGCAAGCGGAUCCCAAAGGAUCUGGUGGAGGAGUUCAGUGACCUGUACAAUGAGGUGUACGAGCUGACUCAAGAGUUCUUCCAGAACGGAAAGCCUGUGGGAGCCGAGAGUCAAAACAGUGUGGGGAUCUUCACACGAGAUGUGUUGCGCAAGAAGAUCAUGCUUGAUCCUUAUGACACAGAGAGCACCAAGAAACUUAAGUUAUCUAUGCUACAACAGUACCUCAAGGUGGAAAGCUGUGAAAGCAGUUCCCCCAGCAUGGACGAAGUGUCUCUAAGUGAGUUUGGUGAGUGGACCGAGAUUCCCGGUGCUCACCAUGUCAUUCCUGUUGGUUUCAUUAAAGUCGUUGAGAUCCUGGCUCAGGACAUCCCAAGUCGUGUCCUCCGCCUCAGCAAGCCUGUCCGCCGCAUCCAUUGGAACUGCAGCUCCCAGGAUGCAGAGGAAAUUGCCGACCAGGCUGACCAUAACCAGGACCAACGGCCCAGCCCUUCGCCAGUCUGUGUGGAGUGCGAAGACGCAGAGUGUCUGCUGGCAGACCAUGUGAUCGUAACGGCCUCUCUUGGGUUCCUGAAGAAAGCUCAUGAGACUCUCUUCUCCCCAGGCCUGCCACAAGACAAGGCACAGGCCGUCCAGAAACUGGGCAUUAGUACCACCGACAAGAUCUUUCUGGAGUUUGCAGAGCCCUUUUGGAGCCCCGAAUGCAACAGCAUUCAGUUUGUUUGGGAGGACGAGGCACAACUGGAGAGCCAGGCAUACCCAGAAGAGCUGUGGUAUCGAAAGAUCUGCAGCUUUGAUGUGCUGUAUCCGCCUGAGCGCUAUGGCCACAUGUUGAGUGGCUGGAUCUGCGGUGAAGAGGCUCUGCGCAUGGAAAGGUGUGACGACGAGACUGUGGCGGAGAUAUGUACUGAACUACUACGCCAGUUCACAGGGAACCAGAAUAUUCCUAAGCCAAGGCGGAUUCUGCGCUCCUCGUGGGGCAGUAAUCCCUAUAUCCGGGGUUCUUACUCCUUCACUCAAGUAGGCUCCAGCGGCAGAGAUGUGGAGAGGCUAGCUGAGCCCCUGCCUUAUAUUAAGAACACUAAGGCUCCGCCUCUACAGGUGUUGUUUGCUGGGGAGGCCACCCAUAGAAAAUACUAUUCCACUACCCAUGGUGCUUUGUUGUCAGGACAGAGGGAGGCCAACCGCUUGAUUGAGCUGUACCAGUACUCCUUCGGUGCAGAAACCACAAAGCCUAACAUUUAAAAAAAACAAAUUGCAACAAAAACAAGAACCACUUACUAGUGACAAAAACAAUUGUGUUAUGUGCUAUCUGUAUUUCAAAUGAUUUAAUUAUGUAUGAAAACCUAGUAGGGGCAUUAAACUAAUAACAAUAAAUCCUCUUUAUACUGUAUUUAGAUUAGUGCUCUGUAGAUUUUACUUGGGAUGUACUGUACAAGGCUGCCAUGUGGCGCUAUCUCUGGUCCUUAUUUUUCUGAUUAUUUUUAACCCAUGUUAUUAUGUUUCUAUAAUUUAACAUUUUUUGUAAGUGCCUUCUGUAUUUAAUGUUAUGUCUUUAAAAAUGAAAAAAAAAAAAAAAAAAAAGACUUGAUAUGAAUAAAGUGUAUGUUAAUGUGA